UACCACUCUGGUGCUGUCAUCCACAGAACUGGACGUCAAACAAAGCAAAGUUGAAAAUUAAAAAAUCGCCCAUCGGAAAUUUUUGCAAAAAGAAAAAACUAAGGGCGUAGAAGUUGUUGUUCUUUCUUUUGUACAAAUAAGUUUAAACUAAAAUAAAAUAUUUUAACUUUUUUACUCUCAAAGCUCUUAGUUAAAGAACAAUUUAUCGAAAAUGUUGGCUUUAAUCAAUAGAAUAUUGGAUUGGUUUAAGAGUAUUUUUUGGAAAGAAGAAAUGGAACUCACUCUAGUCGGACUACAGUUUUCGGGGAAGACAACUUUUGUUAAUGUUAUUGCUUCUGGCCAAUUUGCCGAAGACAUGAUUCCAACAGUAGGAUUUAACAUGCGCAAAAUUACCAAAGGCAAUGUAACCAUAAAAGUUUGGGACAUCGGUGGACAGCCAAGAUUUAGAUCAAUGUGGGAACGAUAUUGCCGUGGAGUUAAUGCUAUUGUAUAUAUGGUGGAUGCAGCUGAUCUCGAUAAAAUGGAAGCAUCUAGGAAUGAACUUCACUCACUUUUGGAUAAGCCACAAUUAGCAGGCAUUCCAGUUCUUGUUUUGGGUAAUAAACGAGAUCUUCCUGGUGCUUUAGACGAGACUGGUCUUAUAGAACGAAUGAAUCUUUCCAGCAUACAAGACAGAGAGAUAUGCUGCUACAGUAUUUCGUGUAAGGAAAAAGAUAACAUUGACAUCACACUUCAAUGGCUAAUUGCUCAUUCCAAGAGUCAAAGUCGUUAAAGGCACACAUUUAUUUAUUAUAUGAUUAUAUGUAUAAAAUAAAAUAUAUUGUAUGACACAUUUUCCGUCACUAGUAACUGUCAAAAUUACCUUUACCUAUAAUUUUUCCAUUUUUUUAUUUGUCCAAAUUAUCUAUUUCUCUAUUAUUUAAUUAUUUUUUUCUUGGUUUAGAACUAACAAUACAUGUGUAAAACUGCUGUUCCUUUAAUUCAAUGAUUCAAAUCUUAAAAAUCAAAAAACAAACAAAGCACCGAAUUUUUGUGGUUUUGCAUAUAUAUUUAUAUAAACAAAAAUUUCAGUAGCUUAUUAUUUUCUGGUGCAAUACAGAGAUAUCGUGCACUUUAUUAUUAAAACAAAAAGAAAAACAAAAAAAUAAAAUAAAUAGUAAAGGACA